AUGGGUGAGGGAAUGAAAUCUGCAGCUAAACCAUCUUCAAACAUUUCUGAAAUCGUCUCCAAAUUUGCCAAAGUUUGUAAAUUUAGGUCCAUUGGGGUCUUCACUUCCGAAAACCUUGACAAUAAUCAACAUGAACUGUACCUGAAUAAUGACAACAACUUUCCCAAAGUGGUUGAAGAAAGCAGUAGUGAGGAAGCUGGAUGUGAUGCUAUUAAAGUUGAUCUUCCGAGUGAUGCUAAAAGAUCUGGUCGGAUUGACCAAAUCUUGAAAUUGUUUGACACUGUUUCAGCAUUGAAAGUAGCUUAUGUUCAGCUCCAACAAGCUCACAUUCCUUAUGAUCCUGAUAAUAUAAGAGCUGCUGAUGAAGUUAUUGUCUCUCAGCUUGAGUCGCUGUGCAAGAUUAAGCGAUCAUACAAAGAGCGGCAGUUGAAGGAUUUGAACUCGUUCUCAGCCACUUCAGCUCUCUUGCUUGCAGAAAUUCAAGUUAAAGAGAGACUUCUGGACAAGUUGAAAUCCCAACUUAAGAUUAAGGAGUCCAAGGUUGUUAAUUUUCGACAAGAGCUUCAUGAUUUGGAGUUGAGGAACAGGAAGAUGGCUGAAAUUUUGAACAAGAGUGUAAAGGAGAGUUCGAGAAUGCUGAGUUUCACUUCCUUUGAGGCCACUGUUGAAGCUGUGUCAAAGGCUGUCCAUGAUUUUUCCAAGCCAUUAAUUGCCUUGAUGAAAGUCUCAGGCUGGGAUCUAGACAAAGCAGCCGAGGCAAUUGAAAGGUCCGUUGUGUAUUCGAAGAGGUCGCACAAGAAAUAUGCUUUUGAAGCUUAUAUUGCUAGGAGGAUGUUCAAUGAAUUCUCGCAUCAAUCUUGCAAUGUCGACAGAAUUAUGAAGCUCGAUGAUCCAAUCGAUGCCCUGAUUAUAGAUACAGAAUCUGCUUUUGCCCAAUUCUGCAGAGAAAAGUAUCUGUCCAUAGUUCAUCCUAUGAUGGAAAAAUCUUUCUUUGGUAAUGUCGACCAUAGGACAUUAGUAAGCAACGGGAUGCAUCCCCAGACACCAUUCUAUCGAGCAUUUGUGAAAAUGGCAAGAUGUGUCUGGAUUCUGCAGGCUGCUGCAGCUUCAGUUGAACCUAGAGGUGAAAUAUUUAGAGUGAAGAGAGGAAGUCAUUUCUCCAAUAUGUAUAUGGAGAGUGUGGAGGAGUUUAACAAAGAUGUUGUGCUCAAUCUUGGGCAUGAGAAAUGUAGAGUUGAACUUAUGGUCAUGCCUGGGUUCCUAAUUGGGAACACAGUUAUUAGGUCUCGAGUUUAUCUCUCGAAUAUGGAUGAGUGA